AUGCACUUCAAAGAGGAAACAGUGCCUGGUGCAGGAGAGCGCCCACCACAAGUAGCUCAGGGAGCUCGUGGGGGUGAACAAGCUGGUAGACAGGCUACCCGGCCGAGAAUUGAGCCCACUAAACCACAAAGGAUACCUCACCAGUGCAAAGGAAGAACCAUCCCCACUGAGGCCCCAGAACCCAUAAAGGACGUCGAAGAGGAGGUAGACGAGGGCACCAGCCAGCUCCUCUCCAAAGAGAAUGCGAUUCUGAGAGGUCAAGUGGAGCUUUUAGAAACGGAUGCCAAACUAAAUGAGGCUCUCCAGAAGGAGUCUCGCCUCAAGAAAAUUGAAGAGAUCAGUGACCUAGAGCUUCAACUCGAAUUGAAGAAGGUCACUGAAGCUGAGACCGACCACAAAUUAAAGCAGUUGGAGGAGGCCCUUCAGCUGCAAAAGGAGAGCCAGUGGGAGCUCGAAAUCAACCUGACCCAGACCCUUCUGUUGCUGAAGAAGAGCCAGGAAGACGCAGAAAUGAACUUGGCUCACCAAAGAGAGACGAGCAAUCAGCUGCAGGCUGCGCUGACCGAGUCAUUGACUCAAUCCAACAGGCAACAGCUCCAGUGGCAAGAAGAAAAGGGCCAUCUUCUCCAGGUCAUGAGCGAAAUCAAAAGCAGCCUGGAGGAGAUAAGAGUGGUCCAAAAGCCCAAAAAACUCUCUUUGCGGAAAAGAAUCGUUCAGUUCUUCAGGCGAACUGGAGGACAAUAAACACGCUCGCCUUCCUGUGACGUGUGGAGUUUGCACAUUCCAUAUUUAAGUUGGGUUUUUUACUCCGGUUGAUCCGGUUCUCCCAACAUAAAAUAUUUCAAUGGAAACAUGUCACAGGCGCACGGGGGUCACGUGAACCGGCUAGAUGCCGGCUCACACACGUAGUGUUCAGGUAACACUACGUGGGCCCAGAAGCAGAACGCACAACCACGACUAAAGCUUUAAACAAGCCGCGUGAACCGGCUCGAUGCCGGCUCACACGCGUAGUGUUCAGGUAACACUACGUG